GAAGUGACGCUGUCUCAUUAACGACUUGUCAUGAAACUUGGUACAUGUCUUCAGAACUAUGACCUGAUGCUACCCAACAAAUUUCAUGACAGUGCCACCUAGAGGUCAAAAGUUACUAUAACAUGUAGAAAAUGCUUGAAUCAAAUGUGUUUUCGUCAUUAUGUGUAAGACGUUUCAUCUACAGUAUAGACCAGUCUCAACACAGAGGGAACUACUUUUCUAGCCGCUCGACUCAGCAACAAGGGAAAACGUCAUGAUUUCGCACAUGCGCGCUGAAGUGGAAACAGGAGAACUGAAGGGUACUGAAUUCUCCGGAACACUGGAAGUACUGUUUUUACGAACUGAACGACGGGAGGACGCAAAAAAAUACGAGAGAACCCUUCUCAUCUCAUGUUUUUACCAUCCGGGGCUCCGUAGGUAUCCGGGGUUACAGCUAGAUGUCACUCAACUACAGAGACACUUUCCCCGCCCAUGUAGUCCCUGUAGGCGGGACCACCCUCUCUGUCACGAUGAUUGGUUAUGAUUUGACCAAUGGCGACUUAUCCUGAACGGCGGCAAUAUAUAUAAAAGUAAACAGGUUUGAACGUUCAUAGGGCGCAGUUUGGUGUUUCGCUACGUGUUCGUGUGUAGAUGUUAAGCACAACCUGCAGGAUAAAUGAGCAAAGAGCAGAGUACAAUGUCCCGAUUACCAGUCAUGUCGAAGAGGCCUUUCUCCAGCACCACUGAUGGAGAGUAUCAACAGCCUGCAAUGAAAAAGAUCCGGAAAGUUGAGACUGGUCUUCAGAGGCUCAAACCGCCUACCAGUGUAAUCCCUCCAAAGUAUCCUGGGCCAGUCAAAGCAACCAGCAGUGCAGCAACUGUGGCUGCAGCUCCCUCGAGAGGUGCUGCAAAAAAACCAUCUGCACGUGCAUCAGUAAUUAAAGGAGCAUCCAAGAGACCGGGACGGGACUUGAAAGGAAAAGUCACUGACCCGGAGAACAAAGUUCAGAAUUACCAGGGCCGUUGGAAGUCUUUUAACCAAGAAAAUGAGAACCUUAAAGCGUCAAAUGCAGAAGUGCAUAAAAACAAUGCACAGGCCAAAGAGGAGAACAAGCAAUUAAAGCAGCGCCUUAGGGCCCUUGAAGAGAGACUAACUAAUCUGGUAUCUGUGAAAGAGGAGCUGGAGAGAACUAUUAAAGAAAAAGAUGACCUGACAACUGAAAACGGCAAUAUACAGAGCCAGCUUUCUAUUCAGACUUCUGCUCUGGCCCACUGUGAGGACAGUCUCCGAGUGUCUCAGGAUACAGUAAAAAGUUUGCAGGAAUUGGUGGCAAGGCAGCAGGAUGAGCUUCACUAUGGGGAAAUGGAACGCAGGAAACUCCAUAACACAAUUCAGGAGCUGAAGGGUAACAUCAGAGUUUUCUGCAGGGUACGUCCUCUCCUUUCCAACAAGGAAGCAACCAUCCCACACAUUCAACUGCCUACUCAUGACAACAAGUCUAUAACACUUGCAAAAAUGGAAGAGUCACAUGUGGGACGGGCUGCAGAAACUAAAAUUUACAUCUUCAGCUUUGACCGUGUAUUUGGGCCGCACAGCACCCAGAGUGAGGUGUUUGAGGAGAUCUCCCUCUUAGUGCAGUCAGCUCUGGAUGGCUACAAUGUCUGCUGCUUUGCUUAUGGCCAGACAGGUAGUGGCAAAACGUUUACAAUGGAAGGUGGUGACACGGAUGACAUGUGGGGGGUCAUUCCACGAGCUGUCCAGCAGAUUUUCAAGUCUGCCAACAUGCUUCGUGAGCAAGGCUGGCAGUAUACCUUUACAGCCAGCUUUGUUGAAAUUUACAAUGAAACCCUGCGGGACUUGCUGUAUCUGGGCAAACCUAACAAGAGGCCAGAGCAUGAAAUCAAAAAGACCACAAAUAAUGGAGUAACAGUCACCAAUCUGAAUUACCAGAAGGUCACCAGUGUGGAUGAGGUUUGCAAGUUGAUCAUCUUGGCAAACCAAAACAGGUCCACUGCCCGAACAAACAUGAAUGAUCAAUCCUCUCGUUCCCAUUCAAUUUUCCAGCUGGACAUUGACGGAGAAAACACUGGCAGAGGCACCAAGUGCAAAUCCUCUCUUUGUUUGGUGGAUUUGGCUGGCAGUGAAAGGAUCCAGAAAACCCAGUCUCAAGGUGAAAGGUUUAAGGAAAUGACUGCCAUAAACUCUUCGCUCACCAAUUUGGGAAUUGUCAUCACUGCUUUAGCCAACAAGGAGAGCUUUGUGCCCUAUCGCAACUCAAAGCUUACCUACCUGCUUCAGGGGUGCCUGGGUGGCAACAGCAAAACUUUGAUGUUUGUAAAUAUUUCACCUGAAGAAGAAAGUUUUGGUGAAUCACUUAAUUCACUGCGCUUCGCCAGCAAGGUGAAUGACUGUAUUAUUGGAACUGCCACGGCCAAUAGGAAGUAGCAUUUUGUUUUUUUCUUUGACCAUCUGAAGGCACCGUUACUGGUCCAUCUUUAUGCUUUUUCUGUAUCUGUCUGCCUUGCAUUUUGAAGAUGGUUUUUAAUCCAUUUUAUUGCUUUAUAUUUUAAUCUCAUAAUUUUCAUUUUUACAUUUUGUGCAAUUACCUGGACAUGAUAUCAAAAAUAAAUAUUUUUGAUCAAUGCA